AUCAACACACAGAAUUUACUUUCUGACCUGAGGAUUGAAGACAUUUCAGACACAGAGAGAGCAGAACAUCCCUGUGGAGCUCAGAGGCAGAACUAGAUUUCUACCAGAAAGAAUCCAGAGACAAGCGUGAAGGAAUGAAAAUUUUAAUCUAAUAGUAUUUAACAGUUAUAUAGAUUUAAAAAAAUGUGUAAGUUAAGGUCUCUGGUGUGUGACCCGUCGUCAGCCAACGACGAUAGACAAUAGAGUGGGGAGCAACUGGCGGUGGCGGGGAGGAAAGAGGUGAACGACAGAAUCUGAAAGCGGCGAAGCAGGAUUAGGUCUAAUCUGAAGGAGGAGCCAUGACCUCCAAAAUGAGCUUCUCUGAGGAGCAGCACUCACAGAAAGCUGAGAGACUGGUUCAGGGUCAGAGACCUGAGUCACCUGAAUCCAGCUGUUUGUCCAUGAAGAGUGACCAGUCAAUGGGCAGAAUAAUACCGCUCAGAGAGGAUAACAGUUCUUCUGAGAUCAGCUAUGUGUCCAUGAAGAGUGACCAAUCUAUGGGUGCUCCGCUAGUAUUCAGAGAGGAGGACCGAUCUACUGAUCUGAGAGUCCAGAAGAACUCAGACAUUACCAGGAGAAACAUGGGGAUCAUAUUCAAGGAGCUGGAGCACAAAGUCGUCUCUCUGGUGAAGAAUCAGCUGAAGAGGUUUGUGAAGCUGCUGAGUCUGGAUUACCCAGCAUGCUCUGACAGAGAGGUGGAGGAUGAGGAGGAUCAGAGCAAUGUCAGAGAGGAGGCGCUGAAGAUCACACUGACCGUCCUGAGGAACAUGAACCAGACUGACCUCGCUAACACACUACAGAGCAAACUGGCUCCUUCUUGUCAUCAAAAGCUGAAAUCAACACUGAAGGAAAAAUUCCAGAAAAUUAAUGAAGGAAUCCCAAAUUCUGGAACCUCAACCUUUCUGAAUGAGAUCUACACAGAGCUCUACAUCACAGAGGGCGGGAGUGGAGAGGUCAAUAAUGAACAUGAGGUCAGACAGAUUGAAACAGCGUCCAGAAGACCAGCAACACAGGAGAAACCCAUCAAAUGUAAUGACCUCUUUAAAGAUAAUUCCAUCAGCACUGUGCUGACUAAAGGAGUUGCUGGAAUUGGAAAAACAGUCUCUGUGCAGAAGUUCAUUCUGGACUGGGCUGAAGGAAAAGCCAAUCAAGACAUCCUCUUCAUAUUUACACUUCCUUUUAGAGAGCUGAACUUGAUGAAGGAGAAAAAACUCAGUCUGGUGGAUCUUCUUCAUAUUUUUUUCUCAGACACAAAAGAACUGAAACCAACAGACUAUCAUCACUACAAAGUCAUGUUCAUCUUUGAUGGUCUGGAUGAGUGUCGACUUCCUCUGGAUUUCCAGAACAAUGAGAGCUUAUUUGAUGUAAGACAGUCAGCCUCGGUGGAUGUGCUGCUGACAAACCUCAUCAAAAAGAAUCUGCUUCCCUCUGCUCUCCUCUGGAUAACUACUCGACCAGCAGCAGCCAAUCAGAUCCCUCCUGAGUGUGUUAACCAGGUAACAGAGGUACGAGGGUUCAGUGACCCUCAGAAAGGGGAAUACUUCAGGAAGAGAAUCAGUGACCAGAAACUGGCCAAUAAAAUCAUCUCACACAUGAAGUCCUCAAGAAGCCUCUACAUCAUGUGCCACAUCCCAGUCUUCUGUUGGAUUGCAGCCACUGUUCUAGAGAGAGUGUUGGGUGAAGCCGAGAGUGGAGAGACCCCCAAGACUCUGACUCAAAUGUUCACCCACUUUCUGAUCUUUCAGAUCAAACACAAGGACCAAAAAUAUCAUGGGAAAUGUGACACUGAUCCUCAGCAGACUCGAGAGAGUAUUCUGGCACUGGGAAAACUGGCGUUCCAACAGCUGGAGAAAGGCAACCUGAUCUUCUAUGAGGAAGACCUGAGAGAGUGUGGCAUUGAUGUCAGAGAAGUGUCGGUGUACUCAGGAGUUUGUACCCAGAUCUUCAGAGAGGAGUUUGGGCUGCACCUGGGAAAGGUGUUCAGCUUUGUUCACCUGAGCGUUCAGGAGUUUCUGGCUGCUUUAUAUGCAUUUAUUUCCCUCAUUUCCUACAACAGAAAUGUUCUGUCAACAGGAUUUUUUUAUUUAUUCAGAAUGUCCACAAUGUCAGACUUCCUGAAGUCUGCUGUAGACAAGGCUUUACAGAGUGAGAAUGGACAUCUGGACCUUUUCCUCCGCUUCCUUCUGGGCCUCUCACUGGAGUCCAAUCAGACUCUCUUACGAGGCCUACUGACAAAGAGAGGAAGCAGCUCUCACAGCACGGAAGAAACAGUCCAGUACAUCAAGGAGAAGAUCAGGGAGAAUCCCUCUCCAGAGAAAACAAUCAGUCUGCUCCACUGUCUGAAAGAACUGAAUGAUCAUUCUCUGGUGCAGGAAGUCCAAACAUUCCUGAACAGAGGAGGAUCCAGUGGACUCAGUAGAGCUAAACUCUCUCCUGCUCAGUGGUCAGCUGUGGCAUUUGUGUUGCUGAACUCAGAAGAAGAGCUGGAUGAGUUUGACCUGAGGAAGUAUGAUCCAUCAGAGGAAUGUCUUCUGAGGCUGCUGCCAGUGGUCGAAGCAUCCAGAAAAGCUGUACUUGCUGGCUGUAAUCUCACAACAGAAUGUUGUGAAAAGCUGUCAUCAGCUGUUCAAUUAAUGAACUCCUCUCUGAAAGAUCUGGACCUCAGUAACAAUGACCUGCAGGAUUCAGGGGUGGAGCUGCUGUCUGCUGGACUAAAGAGUUCACACUGUAAACUGGAAACACUCAGAUUGUCUGGGUGUAUGAUUACAGAUAAAGGCUGUUCUUCCCUGGCUUCAGCUCUGAAAUCAAACCCCUCCUACCUGAGAAAUCUGGAUUUGACCUAUAAUCACCCAGGAGAGUCUGGAGGGAAGCUACUGUCUGAUCUACUGGAGGAUCCACACUACACACUGGAGAAACUACAAGUGGACCAUGGAGGGAAGAUCAGGAUGAAACCAGGACUGAAGAAAUAUGUGUGUGAUCUCACUCUGGAUCCAAACACAGUGAACAGAAGUCUCUCUCUGUCUGAGAGUAACAGAAAAGUGAAGUGGGUGAGAGAUCAGUCAUAUCCAGAUCAUCCAGAAAGAUUUGAUUGGCUACAGGUUCUAAGUGUGCAGAGUCUGACUGGACGUUGCUACUGGGAGGUUCAAUGGAGCGGAGAUGGAACUGGUAUAUCAGUAUCAUACAGAGGAAUCAGGAGGAAAGGAUACAGUGAUGACUGUGUUUUUGGACACAAUAAUCACUCCUGGAGUCUGAUCUGCUCUAAUAACAGUUACUCAGUCAGACACAAUAACCAGAGAACUGUCCUACCUGCCCCCCCAUCCCUGUCUGACAGAGUAGGAGUGUAUCUGGACUGGGGGUCCGGCACUCUGUCUUUCUACACCAUCUCCCCUAACACACACACACUGACCCACCUACACACAUUCAAUACCACAUUCACUGAACCGCUCUACGCUGGAUUCCAUAUUUACAAAAAUUCUUCAGUGAGCCUGUGUGAGAUAGAAUAACCACUACAGAGAGGCUUUUAAUUUUUAUUUAUUAUUGAUACAUUUAACUUCUUUUGUUUAGUAUUGGGGCUAUGAGGCUAAUUUCGCUAACAAAAAAUAGUCACCUGUCACGAUUGGUUCCUCCCACUCCCCCACGGCCUUGUGUUUACUUCCCGGUCGUCCACAUGCUUCUUUGUUUUGAUUCUUCACUGUCCUGCCCCCUUGUUUCGUGACUCCACCCCUGAUUGUUUCCACCUGUUUUCCACAUGUGUCUUGUGAUCCCUUGUAUUCCCUUGUGCCAUAUAAGCCCUUUGUUUUCCCUGGUCUGUGUUGGUCUUUGUAUUGGGUUUAUGUAUGAUAUCUUUGAUGUUUGAGGUUUGAGGCGUUUGGAAUUCUGUGUUUUGUUUCGUUGUGUCUGUUCCUCCUGCUCUCUGUGUUGGCUCACUGACCCUGGACUAUCUUGACCCUGACCUCAUCGCUCCGUGUUACAUCACCUAAACUUGACCCUGAAUGACCCUAUCCUGUCUUACAGAGAACAGAGAGUACAGCAGAACAGUCAGUGUGGUCAGUGAAGACUUACAAUUGAUAAUGAGAAGUUUAUGUAGAUGUUCAAACAGAAAGAAAUUGUGUGACCCUUUGUGUUAUUGUGUUAUUAAUUGUUAUUAAUUAUUGAGUACAAUAAGUAUCAUUAUGCUCUACCAAUACCCGUAUUGAUGAUUAUUACUGGUGAAUAAAAUCCAUCAUGAUGCAUUUUUCUUAGUGUAUGAUGGGCAUAUUCAGUAUUUCUAGAGCACAGAACACUCACACUGAUCAACAAAUGCAGUCUUUUAUAAAUUAUUGAGAAUUGCUGAACAAAAGUGGUGAGCAGACUGUCAGGUAUCAUAGCAGGUUGAUGUUUCUAAUAAAGUGGCCUGUGGUGUGAGUGGUCUAAUUUU